AUGAAUGAAGCAUCAGUUUUUGCUUUAUUACAUUUAUUUCUAUUAAGAAAACAACGAUUAAAUCAUGAUAUUAAUGAUGCUCGGCUUGAAUGUCGACUUUUAGUACGUAGAUAUCGUCGUCGUUCAAAGCUUCAAAAUAAACUCAUAAUAACUUUAUUAAUGCUUAUUGAUAAAUCACUUGAAAUUGAUCGUCUUCGUGUAUGA